AUGCAGGCUCACGGAUACGCUCCCAUCUACUACCAGAGCCACACCUGCUCUGCGCCGUUAAAACCGGCUCCUGGGAAAUCGUUUACAAUUGACGCGCUUUUGGCUAAACCGGACCCUCUCCCGAACAGUGACCGGACUAGUCCUGUCUCUUGCGGAGUCAAAUACCCCGCUCCCAUCUUGCCUCUCACUGGAGCGGUGUCCGGAGGUCCUUACGCCUAUUCUCACAGCGUGUUGCAGCCAAGCGUCCACACGCAGCCUGGAUAUUCCGUGUACUGCUGCCCCCCAUACACGUACGGGACGUCCUGCCGCAGCGGCUUUUACGCACAAGCUCAGAUGUCUAAAAUUACCUCAAGUUUGCACCCCUACAAAACCAAAGGAGGCAAAUCCAAGCGCAUGCGCACCAGCUUCACCAGUGAGCAGCUGUCGAGGCUGGAGAAGGAGUUCGCCCGGCAGCAGUACAUGGUCGGCUCAGAGCGCUUCCUCUUGGCCUCCGCGUUGCAGCUCACAGAGGCGCAGGUCAAAGUCUGGUUUCAGAACAGACGCAUCAAGUGGCGCAAACAGAGUCUGGAGCAGCAACAGGCCAAACUGGCCAAACUGGGCCUGGCACCCCCGCAGAGCCCCGGCUCCCAGGGCCAUGGAGACGAGUGCGGAUUCUCAGACUCCUCUGAUGUUGAUAUCGAUGUUUCAGACGACUGCAUUGAUCACAGCUGA